AUGACCUUUGUGUGUUGUGACAUUCCACACACGAAGAAAAUUGUCAAAUCAUGCAAGAAUCUUCUUGUGGUCGAUUGGACAAAGAACCAUAAAGCCAUCCUUCUUCCAAACAUCUUGCCUCCUCAUAUUACCAUUGAUACUCUCAUUCUAAACGCUAACCAACUGGAAUUUUGUUUCGAAUUUGAGUUUCAAAUCAACCAAUUAUACAUUGAUACGACAAAGAAUCUGACAGAUUUGGAAAACGUCAUUAGUUUUGCUUUAUUUCAAUUGAAAAAAGAUUUGAAAUUUCCUAUCCGUUUACCAUACUGUUUGAAAGAACCUCUUCAAUUUGGAAUUGACAUUCUAGACUGUGGCGGGAUUAAAUUCACAUGA